AUGGAUCGCCAAAGACGGCGUGAGCUGCGGGCGCUGAACUCGAGGGCUUGGAACGGCGAGAAAGAUCUCUUUCCUGUUAGCAAGUCCCUCGACUCUACUCUAAAGAAAAACACUGCUUUUAUCAAGCGUCUCCGAACCACCAUCUCCGCCGCCACCCAGAGCACCUUCCUCCAGGAGAUCCGCACCGUCAGCCUCUCCAAGUACCUUUCCGAAAUCAUCUCAGCAUGCUACGAGGGCCUCUGCAAGCUCAAGUCUCCCGGGGACAUCGAAGCCGGCGUCGAGAUCGUCAGCGCAUUGCACCAGCGAUUCGGACCCGCCGACUUUACCGAACACUUGGGAUGGCUUCUGGGCAAGGGCAUGGCCACUCCCGAUAAGAGUUUCCUCAAGACGCUUACCCCCGAGGCGAGAGAGAAGGAAGAAAAAGACCGCUUGGUUCGGCAGCGCGUUCUUCUCCGAGUCGUGACCGAGCUCUGGCUUGUCGAUGUCCUGCGAACCCUUGACGAUAUUGCUCGCCCCGACGACGCUACGAGACCGACCACGGGAACCAGAGCCGAGCCGAAGCCCCGUUCGCCGGGCAAGGGAGGCGGUGCUGAGCCCUUUCCGCUCGAAGUUCUGAAGGACCUCUUGAAUCACGAUCGAGACCACGCCAACCUCCCCCUGCUCGUUAUUUUCGUCAAGGCUUUCAGUUGGGAUGUCUUGGGUAUCAAGGCUGCGGGACAAGAUGGCCGUAAAACCGUGGAAGAGGAUGGCGCUACCAAGGGCGCCGAGGAAACUGAAAAUGACGGAUCCGAAGACAAGGAAGAAGGUGCUGUUACGGAUCAGGAUGGCCCCUUUGCGUCCCCUGAGUUGCAGGAGCGCUUCAAGAAUAUCCUCAAGCGCUACUUCGAGGACGUCAAGGGCCACCUUGUUCGGGACCAAAAGGCCAUCUUCAACCAGUCGCGCAAGAAUGCGGAGGCCUAUGUGAAGUCGGGAGAGGUCUUCGAGGAUCGCCAGUCAAACUUCGAGAAGCAGGUUAAGGCACAGGAACGUCUCGUGGCCAACGCGCAGGUUAUUGCCGACAUCAUUGGCGCCGAGAUGCCCGAGUUGAAGGAUACUGAUGAGGGCAACUCUGCGAACGGCACGAUUGGCCUGGUCAAGGCUGGUGAAUACCUCCGUGGACAGGGCGAAGGGCCUGGAAUAUGGGAGGACGAAGAAGAGCGUCGCUUCUACGAAAACUUGGUCGAUCUGAAGGGCAAGGUCCCUGGAAUUCUGCUUGAAGAGGUCAAGAAGAAGAAGGCAGACGAUGAACAGGUUGGCAGAAAGAUUGACCCUGCUGAAGCGGCGGAAGCUGCCAAGGCCGCCGAGGCUGCUGCCGAUGACCAGUCCAUUGCCAUUGCCAACAAGACAAUUGGCGCCCAGGUUGACGCCUUGCUUGUGCGUCUGCCUGAGCUCAUCAGCAAGGACGCCAUUGACCAGAUGGCUAUUGACUUCUGCUUCCUCAAUUCGAAGGCGUCCCGAAACCGUCUCAUCAAGGCUUUGACCGAUGUUCCCAAGGGGCGUACCGAUCUCCUCCCGAACUGGGCUAGGCUUGUUGCCACGCUUGGUCAAUACAUGCCUGAUAUUCCCAAGGGUCUUGUUGACUACCUUGACAAUGAGUUCCGUAGUCUUCAGCGGCGCAAGGAGAAAGAGUUCCUUGGGCAGGUCAGACUGAGCAACAUCCGCUACCUGGCCGAGUUGACCAAGUUUGGCAUCGUUCCGGAGCACGUUGUGUUCCACUGUCUCAAGGUCAGCUUGGAUGACUUUUCGCGGAUGAACAUUGAGAUCAUUUGCAAUCUGCUUGAGAACUGCGGCCGGUACCUGCUUCGCAAUCCUGAGACUUCUCCGCGCAUGGCUUCUUUCUUGGAGACGCUGCAGCGCAAGAAGUCCGUCCAGCACAUUGGGCAGGCCGAGAGAAUGCUCAUUGAGAACGCUGUCUACUAUGUUGAUCCGCCGCAGCGCCCUGCCAUCGAGGUGAAGGAGAGAACGCCUAUGGAGCUCUUCAUCCGCAAGUUGAUCUAUGGCGAUCUCACCAAGAGAAACUACAGCAAGAUCUUGAGACAUAUCCGCAGGCUGCACUGGGAAGAGAAGGAGGUCGUCGCGAUCCUGCACAAGGUCUUCUCCAAGCCCGGAAAAGUCAAGUAUGGUAACAUCCAUCUCUUGGCCAUCCUGUUGAGCGCUCUCUACAAGUAUCAUGGCGAGUUUGUCGUUGGAGUCAUCGAUCAAGUGACCGAGUCUAUCUGCCUCGGCCUUGAGUUGAACGACUUCAAGUUCAACCAGCGCCGCAUCGCCGAGGUUAAGUACCUUGGAGAGCUCUAUAACUACAGAAUGCUGGAGCAUCCCGUCAUCUUCGACACCAUGUACAAGAUGAUGACUUUUGGUCACGGCGGCCCGCCCGUUCCAGGCCGCAUCAACCCCUUUGAUUUGCCCGAUGACUUCUUCCGCAUUCGCCUCAUCUCCACCAUCCUCGAGACCUGCGGCAUGUUCUUCAACAAGGGUGCUGCUGGCAAGAAGCUGGAUUUCUUCCUUUCCUUCUUCCAGUACUACAUCUACACGAAGAACCCGCUGCCCAUGGACGUCGAGUUCCUCGUCCAGGAUAUCUUCUCCCUCACCCGGCCGCAGUGGAAGCUCGCCUCGAACCUCGAGGAGGCGUCCAAGGUGUUCCAGCUGGCCAUGGCCCAGGACCAGAAGACAUCUGGAGCUGAGAGGGUCGUCGAGCCGGAGGACAACGAUAGUGACGUGUCCGACGACGAAGACGGCAUGGUCCCAGAUGAGGACGAGGACGACGAGUCGGACGAUGAUGAUGGUGGCGAGGCUGAGGAUAACGAGCAGCAGGAUAACACUUCGAGGUACAACAGCGAAUCUGAAGAGGAGGAGAUUGUCGUUACCAGACAGAAGGAGGAGGUUGAUCCCGAGGAGGAGGCCGAGUUUGAGCGCGAGUUCGCCAAGAUGAUGGCUGAGAGCCUUGACUCGAGGAAGUUCGAGCGCAAGCAGCAGUUUGAUCUGCCUUUGCCCAUUAAGCUCAAGCCUCGCGAGAGUACGGCUGUGGGCGAGUCCUCUGCCGCUAACGAGGCCGGACCCUCCUCUGACGCUCCUCCCUCCGGGGAGAAGAUGGCCUUCUCUCUUUUGACGAAGAAGGGUAAUCGCCAGCAGACCCGCACCGUUGAGCUGCCUUCGGACUCGCACUUUGCUAUUGCUAUGAAGAAGAAGCAACAGGCGGAGAAGGAAGAGCAGCAGCGCAUCAAGAACCUUGUCCUGAACUAUGAUCUCCGGGAAAACGAUGAGUAUGAGGGUCAUGAGAAACUCAAUGCCCAUCACCAUAACCGCUCCGAUCCUAGGUUGAAUAAGGAGCGGGGUGGACAAAGGGUGCGGAAGUUACAGCUUAGUGAUGUUGAUUGGUAA